UAAUACUUUUUCAACUAAUAAAUUCAAUAGAAAUGGGAUUUAUUGAGAGAACAUUAGGAAAACUUUUUUAUAAUUACAAAUUAACGGAGGAUGCUCUUAUGAUAAACCAGGAAGGGUUUAAAGACGCCCCACGCUCACUAACCUUAACUAGUGAAGAUUUCAAAGAUGGUGAGCACAUGCCAGUUGCAACUGCCGGUGUGGGGGUAGGUGACAAUAAGUGUCCAUCCUUGAAGAUCACCGGUUUGGAACCUAAUGCAAAGUCGUACGUAUUGCUUUGUCAGGAUAUUGACGUUCCAAUUCUUAUUCCUGUCACUCAUAUGGUUAUUUAUAAUAUAUCCCCUUCUAAAACCACAUUUGCUCUAGAUGAACUCUCUGAAAGCACCAGUGAUUUAUACAAGAGAGGAAAGAAUCUUUAUCGGAAUACAAAAUAUUUGGGCCCAAGACCACUUGAAGCCCAUGGUCCACAUAGGUAUUGUUUCCAAGCUUUCGGAAUCAAUGAAAUUGCAACCACUGCUUUAAGCAAAUUAUCUGAACCACCUCGAGCAAUUCAUGUUCAAGAAAUAAUUAAAGGAAAUGUAGUUUCCACCGGGCUUCUUACAGGAAUUUACAACAGAGAGUAAUUGUACGCUCAUACAUACUAUGUCCCAUAUAUGCUUCUAUGAAAACCAACCAAAUUUUGAGUAUAGAUUGCUGUUCUAUGGCUUAGUAUGAAUAUAAAUUACGUGAAAUAAAUAUUGUCUCAAUCAAAUUUUGAUCUAGCUCUUAAGAUCAAGAAUGUAGAUUGUUUUUAUAG